AUGCCGACCGCAAUUGUGACCGGCGCAAACAGCGGCAUUGGCCAUGCGUUUGCCAAAUUACUCUGUGAUGAGGGAUACACAGUAUAUGCAGUCGAUCGGGAUCAGGGCGUGGGUUUGGAGGCUCUCCAGGCCAAAGCCCGUACCGCCCAGGUCGAUGUGACUUCUCCUGAAUCGAUUCAAGCGUUCGAGGAAUCGCUUGGUGGUACGACCGUUGACCUUUUACUCAACAUCGCAGGUGUCGCGUCUGCGUCUGAAAAGGAUAGUCUGACGACGACCAAUCUUCAAAUUCUCCAGCGCACAUUCGCCGUCAACACCUUUGGGCCAUUGCUUCUGACACAGGCCCUUCUACCCGAUAUUCUGAAGUCUUCCCACCCCAAAAUCGGUAUCGUUUCUAGCCGCGUGGGAUCUGUGGGCGACAAUAGCACGGGAGGUCACUAUGCAUACCGCUCGUCCAAAGCCGCUGUUAAUUCCAUCGGCAAGAGCAUGGCCAUAGAUCUGAAAGACAAGGGCGUCACGGUGAUGCUAUUGCACCCUGGGUAUGUGAGGACCAAUUUGUUGCCCACAGCCAAGAUGCCUCCUGAGACUGUCGAGCCCGAGGAGGCGGCGACGAAAUUGUGGCAGAACAUUGUCAGCAAGAAACAGAUAGAGGAUACAGGCAAAUUUUGGCAUCGCGAGGGAUUUGAACUACCCUGGUGA